AUGUAUGUGACGAGGCCUCUUUCCCAAGUGCUGAAAUCUCCUGAAUUUGGGCCGCUCGACGGCCCGAAUUCCGGCUGCUUAGUGAUCCAGGACGAGGAAUCCGAGACCUACUCGUGUUUCGGGUUGUGUCGGAAUCGGAGGCUCAAACUUCUGCCUUUUCCUCAGGACAAAGAGCUUCUUGUUCGUUACACGACGACCAAUGGCCAGACAACCACCGUUUCCGAGGAUCCCGUUUUCUUGAUCCCGGUUAUCAAUCAGCCGCUUGACUCCAAUCGGUAUUACGCGAUCGUCCCACAUGGAAAGCGAAAAGGAGAAGCAUAUACUUGCUCAAGGGAAGAUGAUAAGACCACCUGCUGUUUCUGCCGUUUCGUGAAAGACGUAAAACCGAUGCCGUUAGAUCCGCAAAACACUUAUCAACAAUUUCAGAUAGCUCCGUACGAAGAGCUUUGCAGUCGCACGGGUGGCUUUAUCGCCACCUCCAUAGCUCUCGACGACGGCUUCCCGCCGUCAUUCCUCCGCCGGAAAGGUUGGACCAUCCACACAAAGACCCCUCACAAUUUCAAGCUCGACACCGCAAACGGACUUGACCCUGUGCUCCGGUCCCGCCUCCCGAAUUUUGAUUUCCCUAUUUCCUUAGAGUUCUCUGAGCCUUUAGUCAUCGGGAAAUGGUAUAGCCCCUUCGUGUUCGUAAAGGAAGGGACUCUGCACAAACAAGUAAAGGGUUCGUUGUAUUAUGAGUGGACGCUCGAGCAAAGAUGGGAAAGGAUAUUUGCUUGUCGUAAUGAGAGUAACGAUAACCGAGUGGUGAUUGACGAUGUGUUUGAGGACGAACGAGCAUUUGUCGGUGGGGUUAGAGGCGAGUGGGAUGAGAAGAGUUCGGUUGAUGGGGUGGUUUGGUACGUGGGCUACGGUAGUGGGGGAGAGAGAAAAACGAGCGUAGGGUUGAGAGUGGAAAUAGUCGAGCGAAUGAGGUGGGAGGAGUCGAGAGGCGGCUGGGUAGGCGGGGCCGGGGGGCCGGUGAGGGUUAGUAAGGUGGAGGAGUGUGAAGGGUGGGACGACGUCCAGGUUCACGUCGUCCUUUUUCUCUGCGAACCAGCACCUCCGGGUAGCAAUCAGCAGCAACCCGCGACAACCAUCUCCGCGAGCUCGACCAAGCUUAUCCUCUUUUCCGGCGACCCGCUGCCCUCGCUCCAACCCGCGUCCAGCUCGUUUUUCCGGCGAUUUCACUUCACAAGGCCCGACCAGAUCCGCUCAGCAGCUCCAUUCUCGACCCUAGCUCCGACCAGCAGCAGUUUUGGACCAUUUUCAGCAACAUUGAAGCUUUAA